GGCGCAGCCCGGACCGUAAUCGGUGCGACACCGGUAGUUAGGUCACUUCCGCGUCGUCGUAAAGAUGGUGGCUAGUCAGUACUUGUUCUACUGUCUCAUUGUACUGUUUAAUGGUUUACUUUUGUGCCUUCAACCCGCCAGUAGUAACGACAUAGAGGGAAAAGCAGGUCAGUUCUUCAGCAGCGGCCACACGAACAACUGGGCUGUUCUGGUUUGCACCUCCAGAUUCUGGUUUAACUACAGGCAUGUGGCCAACACCCUCUCAGUGUACAGAAGUGUCAAGAGACUGGGAAUUCCAGACAGCCACAUAGUGCUCAUGCUGGCUGACGACAUGGCCUGCAACCAUAGAAACCCCAAGCCAGCCACCGUCUUCAGCCACAAGAACAUGGAGCUCAAUGUGUACGGGGAUGACGUGGAGGUGGAUUACCGUGGCUACGAGGUUACAGUGGAGAAUUUUCUCCGUGUUCUGACGGGCCGGCUGCCGCCCAGCACCCCGCGGUCCAAACGCUUGUUGUCUGAUGACCGCAGUAAUGUCCUCAUUUACCUGACGGGUCACGGGGGAAAUGGCUUCCUGAAGUUCCAGGACUCGGAGGAGAUCAGCAACGUGGAGCUGGCGGAUGCCUUUGAGCAGAUGUGGCAGAAGAGAAGGUACAACGAGGUCCUCUUCAUCAUCGACACGUGCCAGGGGGCCUCCAUGUAUGAGAGGUUCUACUCGCCCAACCUCCUGGCUCUGGCCAGCAGCCAAGUGGGCGAGGACUCCCUUUCCCACCAACCGGACCUGGCUAUCGGCGUGCACCUCAUGGACCGGUACACCUUCUACCUGCUGGAGUUCCUGGAGGACAUCCACCCUGCCAGCCAGGCCAACAUGAAAGACCUGUUCAAGGUGUGUCCCAAGAGCCAGUGCGUUUCCACACCCGGCCACCGCACAGACCUCUUCCAGAGGGACCCCGGCAGCGUGCUCAUCACAGACUUCUUCGGGAGCGUCCGUAAGGUGGAGAUCACCAUGGAAUCGGUCAACCUCACCUCUCCCAUUGUCCCAGAGGAGCCCGAAUGGUUUGUGGUGCGGGGGGAGCUGCUCUUUCAGGCCCCCAGACGCCUCCGUUUUAAUCGGGAGCUGUUGGAGUACAACGUGUCCCUUGCAGCGCUCCUGGCCGUUCUGGUUCCUCACCCCCCUACUUCCAUCUUCCUGCAGAAACCCAAGCAGAGGGACUGGCACCCUCCUGAUGGCUUCAUCCUCGGCCUGUGGACCCUCAUCAUCCUCAUCUUCUUUAAGACCUAUGGCAUCAAGCACCUCAAGCACAUCUUCUGAGCCUGGUGGGGGCUCUUGUGCAGGGGGGGCCGGGACAUCUCCUGCAACGAGCUCAGCCGGGGGCAGUGUCACCAUGGAGACGACCUCUGCCUUUUGACGUGUGUGAUUGGUGUGUCUCUGCGGGUAGCAUGACUGCACUGUUAUGCCCAUGAUGCUGUGUGUCUGCUGAGGUCUGCUGUCAGGAAAAGGGCUGAUUUGGCCCAGAAUGGCCAGGCUUUUACACUGGUGAAGGUGACGGCUAUCUGUGAGUGUCUGUGUUCGUGUGUCACUGUGAAUGUGUCCUUGCUGCCAUGACCAGUUGUCACCUGAAUCCCCUUCCCUGCAAACUGCUGUCUAAGCCGUACAGUGAGUCUCAGGAGCUCUGUGGGAUUGUCCCCCUUCCCAGACCUAUUGUAACAUGUCCUCUGCUCCGUCUGCUGAUGUCCUGCAGGCCCUCUCAAUACGGCGAGAUCAGCCCUCCCUGCCUGGGAGCGCCUGUCUGUCCUACUGGCUUCCUGGGUGAGCUGCAGCUCUAGUAAUGAUUCCUGUGGAGGGGGGGAGGGGGUGGGCUGUCUGUCCUGCCGUGUCGCUGUUACUGCCCCCGUGUUCCUGCUGCUCCCCUGUGGCAUGUCUGACCUAAAGUCUAUCCAGAAUGUUCUAGUAAAAGGUUUGAUUAAAAUAAAGGAUGUUAAAGGUG